AUGGCAACGGACGCUAACACAAAAGACAAAGUCAAAUUUAACUUAAGAGGUGUUCUGUUUGAAACAAAACGCUGUACUCUGUGUUCCUUUCCAAACACAUUGCUCGCCUCUCUUGACUCUAACUCCGAAUAUUGGGAUGAGGGUCGUGGUGAGUAUUUCUUCGAAAGGGACCCUGGAGUAUUCAACUCAGUUCUUAACUUCUACAUCAUGCACGCACUUCAUGUACCAAAGAAUAUCUGCGGUUCAGUAUUUCGUAAAGAAUUAGAAUUUUGGAAAAUCCCCGUGUCUUACAUUUCUGAGUGUUGCUGGAAGCAAUACUAUGAGGUUGAUGAGACAGCGGACAUAAAUGACGUUCUGAGGACAACUGGUGAUGAAAUUGUACCUUCGUCAAAGGAAGAAAACGUCAGUUAUGAUGGCAUCAGAUACAAGACAUGGGUUGCCCUUGACAACCCAAAUAUAUCAAAAGCAGCGAUGAUUUGGAACAUAAUCUAUACGGCGGUCGUGAUCGUGAGUACGCUGGUUUUCUUCUUAGCGUCCUUGCCUGAUCAUAGAUCUGAACUCUACUUCUCAACCCUACAACCGGCAUAUGUCAACUAUACCAUUCCAUCCGAGAAACUCCGAAUUUACUACAUGAAGGAUAUGGACCCAGGACUGUUUGUCGUUGAAUAUAUUUGUAUGGUCAUAUUUACUCUAGAAUUUGUUCUGUAUCUCAUAGUAUGUCCAUGUCGACAGGAGAUCAUACGCAGCCCUAUGCGGGUCAUCACCAUACUGCUGAUUGUGAGCAUGUGGGUGACUUUUAUAUUUGAAUUUCACAAAGGAAAAAUGAUUGAGUCACAAAGUACUGCCAUAAUUUUCAUGGUUGUUCGAUUCUUUACUGUUUUAAGGGUGGUUUUAAUUCUACGACUAGAACGACAUUUUCGCGCUUUUCGUGUUUUGCUACAUGCUAUCAGAGCAAGUCUGAAGGAGUUGUUCCUCUUAUAUAUUUCCUUUAGCAUUACUACCGUCAUCUUCGCCUGUGCUAUAUUCUACGCAGAGAUCUUUUAUGACGGUACCUAUGACAACCUCUUCAUUGCGAUGUGGUGGGUCAUCAUUACCUUGACAACAAUAGGAUAUGGAGACAUCUACCCUACUACAACUAUGGGGUACAUCGUGGGGGCAUUUUGUGCCGUUUGUGGGAUAGUAUUACUUGCAUUGCCUAUCGCUAUCAUUGCUGCCAAUUUCGCUGGUUAUUAUACCCACAACAGCGCCAGAAUGCGACAUUUGAAGUCAGUGCGCGAAGAAGCGAAAUCAGCAACAUGCUGA